GCACUUUACCCACAUUGCCACAUAAACAUCACACUUUACCAUUCAUGUAAACAUUAACAAGGAAGUUCUGUCGGUUCUGAUAUGGCAGAUUCAAAACAUUUCUUAACGUGUUUCAUUUGUGGCACAUUCGAGAUAGAAAAUAAAAAAUUUGCAGCGUUUGGUGUUACUUUUGAAAGGUUCAGCGAGUGGAAAGACAAAGUUAAAGGACUUAAAAUCGGAUCAAAACUUUGUCAGGUCCAUUUCGACUCAGAAGACAUAAUUAAGGGGAAAUACAUUUUUAAUCAAUUUUAUCCCCUUAAAGUUUAUAGACUUUCAAAAGACGCGAUCCCAAAACAUUUUCUAAGUACUAAUAAGUCUGGGGAUAAGAAGACCAGAACAAUUUUUCCUGAAAAAAAUGUCAGUUCAACAGAAAUAGCUUGCCGGCAGAGCAAUGAAAAAUCACAACCAUUGCUGUCAAAAAAUGUCAUUGCUUACAAAAGUAAAUACUCAAAAACAAAUCAUCAAUCUUCCACUGAUUCAAGUGUCGCUCCACCAUGCAGGAAGGAUCCAAUUGAUGAUGAGGCUCAAAAAUUGUCAUGUUCUUCCUUGAAUAAAGGUGUUUCCCAAGUGAAUAAUGAAGCCUCUCCAGCAGAACAACUUCUUGCUGUCUUGGAAGAUCACAAUUAUAAAAAGAGAGAAUCUACCCUAUCAGAGUUAGACAAAGAAAUAGAUGGUAGAUUUCUCGGCAAUGAUCUUCUGUCUUUAGUACGUGCGCCAGUAAUAACAACAACCGAAGAUCGUUUUGAUUAUUCGUUACAUGCUAAUGAAUCAUCAUUAACAUCAUCCAUUCAAAAAUCAAAUGAUCCUUCGGAAUUGGUCAUUGACACCUGUUUAAAUAAUGAAAUCGCUGUACUGCAAUCUUCCUUGAUCGUCGACACUGUGCCCCAAUGUACCAUCACCACGAAAGUGAAGAAAAGGUCCUGUCCGACCGGGGGAAAAAAUCAACUACCGUCAUCUUUAUAUACUUGCUCUAAUUGCAAAAGUAAAGUAUCUUGUAAGUGUUGUAAAAUACUAGUAGCCAAAUAUGAAGCACUGCUUUUGAAAAUGGGAACACUAAAACGAAAACUAAAAGCCGCACAGCAACGAGAAAAAAGAAUAAAAGAGCGUGAAAAGAUUAACAUGUUAGUAAAUCACCAAUUGAAAAGCAAAAUUGAGAAACUGAAGGCCGGCCAACUUAAUGCGCAGAUUGCAGACCUUACUGAUCAGAGCAAGAGUAAUAAUAAAAACCUGUAGGCCUAUCACCAAGCGAAAGACGGUGCUAAAUUCAAAAUUCGAGAUAGCACGCGGAAUGACCUAUGAUGACGGAUUCUUAAAGCAAUGCAUGCAUACAGCCUAAGCAAACGAGCACCAUUGCCUAUAAGUUCAUUUCUAUAAGUUCAGAAGGCCUUUUUCCAUUGCCUUCAAUUAGGGCUCAAAUUCGGAAAAUGUUAAACAAAUCUGCUGAUCAUAAUGUUUAAGCUGAUGGUGAUAUUCAAGUGACAAUAAUUUCAGGUCCAUCAGCCAACAACCUGGAAAAUGUGGAAAUCAAAUGAAUUGUUUAAAAAUGUAAAUUACAGGAGAGGAAAAUAAAAACGAAAUCCUAUGA